AUGGACUCCCCCAUCACCUCUGCCCCACCCUCCGUGAUGGACUCCCCCAUCACCUCUGUGGAGUCCUUCCGUUUCCUGGGCACCACCAUCACCCAGGACCUCAAGUGGGAGCCGACCAUCAGCUCCCUCAUCAAGAAGGCCCAGCAGAGGAUGUACUUCCUGCGGCAGCUCAGGAAAGCCAAGCUGCAGUUCUACACCUCCUCCACCUCCUCCAUCACCUCCUCCACCUCCUCCAUCACCUCCUCAUCACCUCCUCCAUCACCUCCUCCAUCACCUCCUCCAUCACCUCCUCAUCACCUCCUCAUCACCUCCUCCAUCACCUCCUCCAUCACUUCCUCCUUCACCUCCUCCAUCACCUCCUCAUCACCUCCUCAUCACCUCCUCAUCACCUCCUCAUCACCUCCUCCAUCACCUCCAUCACCUCCUCAUCACCUCCUCCACCACCUCCUCCGUCACCUCCUCCGUCACCUCCUCCGUCACCUCCUCCGUCACCUCCUCCGUCACCUCCUCCGUCACCUCCUCCAUCACCUCCUCAUCACCUCCUCAUCACCUCCUCCAUCACCUCCUCCAUCACCUCCUCAUCACCUCCAUCACCUCCUCAUCACCUCCUCAUCACCUCCUCCAUCACCUCCUCCAUCACCUCCUUCAUCACCUCCUCAUCACCUCCUCCGUCACCUAUUCCGUCACCUCCUCCGUCACCUCCUCCGUCACCUCCUCCGUCACCUCCUCCUUCACCUCCUCCGUCACCUCCUCCGCCACCUCCUCCGUCACCUCCUCCGCCACCUCCUCCGUCACCUCCUCCGUCACCUCCUCCGUCACCUCCUCCAUCACCUCCUCCAUCACCUCCUCCACCACCUAUCCACCACCUCCUCCAUCACCUCCUCCAUCACCUCCUCCACCACCUCCUCCAUCACCUCCUCCACCACCUCCUCCAUCACCUCCUCCAUCACCUCCUCCAUCACCUCCUUCAUCACCUCCUCAUCACCUCCUCCGUCACCUCCUCCGUCACCUCCUCCGUCACCUCCUCCUUCACCUCCUCCUUCACCUCCUCCGUCACCUCCUCCGCCACCUCCUCCGUCACCUCCUCCAUCACCUCCUCCACCACCUCCUCCAUCACCUCCUCCACCACCUCCUCCACCACCUCCUCCGUCACCUCCUCCGUCACCUCCUCCGUCACCUCCUCCGUCACCUCCUCCGUCACCUCCUCCGUCACCUCCUCCACCACCUAUCCACCACCUCCUCCAUCACCUCCUCCAUCACCUCCUCCACCACCUCCUCCACCACCUCCUCCAUCACCUCCUCCACCACCUCCUCCAUCACCUCCUCCUUCACCUCCUCCGUCACCCUCCUCCGUCACCUCCUCCAUCACCUCCUCCAUCAUCUCCUCCACCACCUAUCCACCACCUCCUCCAUCACCUCCUCCAUCACCUCCUCCAUCACCUCCUCCAUCACCUCCUCCAUCACCUCCUCCAUCACCUCCUCAUCACCUCCUCCGUCACCUCCUCCUCCGUCACCUCCUCCUUCACCUCCUCCGUCACCUCCUCCGCCACCUCCUCCGUCACCUCCUCCAUCACCUCCUCCAUCACCUCCUCCAUCACCUCCUCCGUCACCUCCUCCGUCACCUCCUCCGUCACCUCCUCCGUCACCUCCUCCGUCACCUCCUCCAUCACCUCCUCCAUCACCUCCUCCACCACCUAUCCACCACCUCCUCCAUCACCUCCUCCAUCACCUCCUCCAUCACCUCCUCCAUCACCUCCUCCACCACCUCCUCCAUCACCUCCUCCACCACCUCCUCCAUCACCUCCUCCAUCACCUCCUCCAUCACCUCCUCAUCACCUCCUCCAUCACCUCCUCCAUCACCUCCUCAUCACCUCCUCCAUCACCUCCUCCAUCACCUCCUCCAUCACCGUGUGGUUCGCUGGAGCCACAAUGAGUGUGUUUCCGGCGCUGAGCAGAAGUGAGUGUUCGGAGGCUCAGGUUUGGGAGAGAGCGUGGACCAUCGAAGAGAUGAGGCAGAACAGCACCAGCUGGUCCCUGGCAGCCGACUCCGGGCUCUUCCUGUUCCUGCAGGACUUCAGUCAGAGGAUGUUGUCCCAGACCCAUGACAUGGAGAAGCAGCUGGACGCUCUGAUCAGAGACACCACGGCCACAGACGUGUGUCUGCACUCUGUGUUCAACGACUUCAUCAUGCUCUCCAACACACAGUUCAUCGAAAAUAGAGUGUACGAUGAGGAGGUGGAAGACUCGGUGCCUAAAGCCGACGUGUCAGAGCCAGAGCAGGAGAAGACCCGGGAGCAGAAGGAGGCGGAGCUAAUCCCUAAGAUGCAGGAGGCGGUGAGCUAUGGCCUCAAAGUGCUGGAGUCGGCCUUCGAGCACCUGGACCUGAAGGCCGGGAACUCGGACUCAGAGGACGAGGAGGCCCCAGACCGAGAGGACGCCAUUUUGGAGCCCAAGGACCUGUACGUGGACAGACCCCUGCCCUUCCUGAUUGGCUCUCAGGCCUUCAUGGAGCAGGAGGACGUGGGGCUGGGAGACCUCUCCAGCGACGAGAUGUCCGUGGACAGUGACCGAGACAGUGUCGUGGAGACCGAAGACGGAAAAGCUGCAGUGCAUUCUGAUGAAGACUACAACCAGGACGAAGAGGAGACCCCAGAGCUGAUCAAGAAGAAGUCCUCCAUGCUGAGUUAUGAUGAUGAAGAUGAAGACGAGGACUCGGACAUUUUCGGAGACUCUGACAAAGAGGAUGAAGAGGAGUCAAAGAGCACACAGCAGGCAUCGUUCGCUGAUGAGCUGGCAGCUAGGAUCAAAGGGGAAACGAAACCAGAGGCCGACCGAGCAUCUUUGUCAUCAAAGAAGAAGAGUAAGAUCCAGAGAGAGUCUAAGCCUGCGCCGCCUGAGGCAGAUGAGGACAGUGAUGACAUGUUCAAACCGCCAAAGAUGGAGGAUGAGGAGGAGGAGGAGGAAGAUGAGCUGUCUGCCUUUGGAGGGAGGAGUGGCCUCUUCAGCGGGGGGAGGGGCCUGUUUGAUGACGAUGACGAGGGAGACCUUUUCUCUGACGCUCCCAAACCAGCAGCAGCAGAAGAAGAGAAACACAUCCAGCACGUGGCUAAAACAUCGCCCCCUGCAGAUUCCACCAAGUCUGGAAAGAAGGUUCCAGUGGGAGGAGUCUCCAUAUUCCCAGAAAAUAGUUUGUUUGGUUCUGGGCCCGAGCUGAGGCCCGAGCUGAGUAAAGAGAACGGUGCUCCUGCUGUUAGAGCGCCCCCUGGAGGAGGGCUGUUUGACGAAGAGGACGAUGACUUCUUCACUGGGCCCUCGGUCCAAAGCUCUGAACCUGUGAAAGAAACUAAAUCCAAACGAGCUGUGGACCUGUUCGAAGACGAGGAUGAAGACCUGUUCAGUGACAAGUCCAGCCCUCACAGCAAGAGGGAAGAGGAAGCACCACAAGAGAAGCCUCCUCAGAAGAAGAUGCCUGCAGGAGCUGUGUCUCUGUUCGGUCCUGGGACUAAGAGCCUCCUGUCUGAAGGACUGAAGAAGCAGCAGAACGGCUUCGCUCCAGAAUCAAAGUCUUCUCCAAAACCUCAGAGCAGAGGCCUGUUCUCAGACGACGAUGACAACGCUGCAGUGAACGGACUUUCCCCAGAGAAGAGCUCAGCGGCAAAGUCUGGAGGCUUGUUCUCAGAUGAUGAGGACUCUGUGGUCUUUCCCUCCGUCCCCAAAAACCAGUCCAAACCAGAGACACUGAACCAAACCAGGACCAAGAAACCAGCGGUGUCCUUAUUCGAUGAUGAGGAGGAGGAGGACGAAGAGGAUUUGUUUGCAUCAGCUGCUAAAUCUAAACCCAAAGCACUUCAGACUAAAGCCUCCAGCACCCUCUUCAGCGACGACGAGGACCAGUGGCUGAGCUCUAAUGCAGAGAAAAGCAGCAUGAAGUCCAGCGUAAGCGCCCCCUGCAGUCUGCUCAGUGUGAGCGCCCCCUGCAGUCUACCCAGUGUCACUGCACCUGUGAAGAGCGACCUGUUCGACGUGAAUGAGGACGACCUGUUCGCACCACCACAGGACUCCAGUCAGAAGACGUGUCCGAGAGUCGCUCUGCUGUUUGAAGACGAGGAUGAAGACGACAAAAGCUCCUUGUUUACUGUCAAACCUGCUGCUUCCCCAAAGACCGGGAUGGUGGUCCCUCUUAGACCGGGAUGGUGGUCCCUCUUAGACCGGGAUGGUGGUCCCUCUCAGACUGGGAUGGUGGUCCCUCUUAGACCGGGAUGGUGGUCCCUCUCAGACCGGGAUGGUGGUCCCUCUCAGACCAAGGUGGUGGUCCCUCUCAGACCAAGGUGGUGGUCCCUCUUAGACCGGGAUGGUGGUCCCUCUCAGACCGGGAUGGUGGUCCCUCUCAGACCGGGAUGGUGGUCCCUCUUAGACCGGGAUGGUGGUCCCUCUCAGACCAAGGUGGUGGUCCCUCUCAGACCAAGGUGGUGGUCCCUCUUAGACCGGGAUGGUGGUCCCUCUCAGGUGGUCCCUCUCAGACCAAGGUGGUGGUCCCUCUUAGACCGGGAUGGUGGUCCCUCUCAGACCAAGGUGGUGGUCCCUCUCAGACCGGGGUGGUGGUCCCUCUCUGUCCUGGACCCUCUCUGUCCUGGAUCGUCCUGGACCCUCUCUGUCCUGAAUCCUCUCCGUCCUGGACCCUCUCUGUCCUGGACCCUCUCUGUCCUGGACCCUCUCUGUCCUGGACCCUCUCUGUCCUGGACCCUCUCUGUCCUGGACCCUCUCUGUCCUGGACCCUCUCUGUCCUGGUCCCUCUCUGUCCUGGAUCCUCUCUGUCCUGGACCCUCUCUGUCCUGGACCCUCUCUGUCCUGGACCCUCUCUGUCCUGGAUCGUCCUGGACCCUCUCUGUCCUGGAUCCUCUCUGUCCUGGACCCUCUCUGUCCUGGAUCCUCUCUGUCCUGGUCCCUCUCUGUCCUGGACCCUCUCUGUCCUGGACCCUCUCUGUCCUGGACCCUCUCUGUCCUGGAUCCUCUCUGUCCUGGACCCUCUCUGUCCUGGACCCUCUCUGUCCUGGACCCUCUCUGUCCUGGACCCUCUCUGUCCUGGACCCUCUCUGUCCUGGACCCUCUCUGUCCUGGACCCUCUCUGUCCUGGACCCUCUCUGUCCUGGACCCUCUCUGUCCUGGACCCUCUCUGCCCUGGAUCCUCUCUGCCCUGGAUCCUCUCUGUCCUGGAUCCUCUCUGUCCUGGACCCUCUCUGUCCUGGACCCUCUCUGUCCUGGACCCUCUCUGCCCUGGAUCCUCUCUGCCCUGGAUCCUCUCUGUCCUGGAUCCUCUCUGUCCUGGACCCUCUCUGUCCUGGACCCUCUCUGUCCUGGACCCUCUCUGUCCUGGACCCUCUCUGUCCUGGAUCCUCUCUGUCCUGGAUCCUCUCUGUCCUGGAUCCUCUCUGUCCUGGACCCUCUCUGUCCUGGACCCUCUCUGUCCUGGAUCGUCCUGGACCCUCUCUGUCCUGGAUCGUCCUGGACCCUCUCUGUCCUGGACCCUCUCUGUCCUGGAUCCUCUCUGUCCUGGACCCUCUCUGUCCUGGACCCUCUCUGCCCUGGAUCCUCUCUGUCCUGGAUCCUCUCUGUCCUGGACCCUCUCUGUCCUGGACCCCUCUGUCCUGGACCCUCUCUGUCCUGGACCCUCUCUGUCCUGGACCCUCUCUGUCCUGGAUCCUCUCUGUCCUGGAUCCUCUCUGUCCUGAACCCUCUCCGUCCUGGACCCUCUUUGCCCUGGACCCUCUCUGUCCUGGAUCGUCCUGGACCCUCUCUGUCCUGGAUCGUCCUGGACCCUCUCUGUCCUGGAUCCUCUCUGUCCUGGACCCUCUCUGUCCUGGACCCUCUCUGUCCUGGACCCUCUCUGUCCUGGAUCCUCUCUGUCCUGGACCCUCUCUGUCCUGGACCCUCUCUGUCCUGGAUCCUCUCUGUCCUGGACCCUCUCUGUCCUGGACCCUCUCUGUCCUGGACCCUCUCUGUCCUGGACCCUCUCUGUCCUGGACCCUCUCUGCCUCCCCAGCUCCUGCCCCCAAGGACAUCUCUGACUCCCCCUCUACCACCACAGACUCAGCAGAGAAGCCCCUCCCCCCAGCCUCACCCCCACCUGCAGAGGCCCAGACCAGGAAGAGGCCCCCUGGAGCUGUCAGUCUGUUUGGCGGGAUCGACGUGUUGCCGGUCACACAGAGCAGGAGGCCAGCGGAGAGGGAGGACCUGAAGGAAGAUAAGAAAGAGAAGUCGAAAACCAAAACACUGAGUUUGUUUGAUGACGAUGAGAAAGAUGAACCAGAUGGAAACGAUUCCAUAUUUGCUCUCCCCAAACCAACAAACACCACAAAGUCCUCAGAGGAGAAAGCCUCGACCAAAAGCACAGGCGUGUUCCAGGACGAGGAGCUGCUGUUCAGCCACGCUCAGCAGAAAGACAACGAUCCAGACGUGGACCUCUUCUCCACCUCUGGGAAAACAGCCCCCACGAGCUCCAGAGGCGGCGCAGGGAAGUCCUCUGCUCCCAGUCUGUUUUCUGACGACGAUGAAGACGACUUGUUCAGCAGCGUCAAACCCAAAACCUCUCCAUUGAAGGUAGCAGAGAAGAAGAAGCCGGUGGAGAAGGCGGCGCUGGAGAAGCCGCUGGAGAAGGCGGCGCUGGAGAAGGCGGCGCUGGAGAAGGCGGCGCUGGAGAAGGCGGCGCUGGAGAAGGCGGCGCUGGAGAAGGCGGCGCUGGAGAAGGCGGCGCUGGAGAAGAAGCCAGUGGAGAAGGCGGCGCUGGAGAAGGCGGCGCUGGAGAAGGCGGCGCUGGAGAAGAAGCCAGUGGAGAAGGCGGCGCUGGAGAAGAAGCCAGUGGAGAAGGCAGCGCUGGAGAAGGCGGCGCUGGAGAAGGCGGCGCUGGAGAAGGCGGCGCUGGAGAAGGCGGCGCUGGAGAAGGCGGCGCUGGAGAAGGCGGCGCUGGAGAAGGCGGCGCUGGAGAAGGCGGCGCUGGAGAAGGCGGCGCUGGAGAAGGCGGCGCUGGAGAAGGCGGCGCUGGAGAAGGCGGCGCUGGAGAAGGCGGCGCUGGAGAAGGCGGCGCUGGAGAAGGCGGCGCUGGAGAAGGCGGAGCUGGAGAAGGCGGAGCUGGAGAAGGCGGCGCUGGAGAAGGCGGCGCUGGAGAAGGCGGCGCUGGAGAAGGCGGCGCUGGAGAAGGCGGCGCUGGAGAAGGCGGCGCUGGAGAAGGCGGAGCUGGAGAAGGCGGCGCUGGAGAAGGCGGCGCUGGAGAAGGCGGCGCUGGAGAAGGCGGAGCUGGAGAAGGCGGCGCUGGAGAAGGCGGCGCUGGAGAAGGCGGAGACCAGCCCUGAGCCCUCGUCUGAAAGCUCGGUGAGAGUCGGUGUCUGUGCCUCCGUGUUCACAGACUGCUUCUGUAUCAUAAUAGCAUUGCUCUGA